AUGGCUUCAACACCAGAAGUAUUUACCUCGAUUUCGCGAGGGACCCCAGCGUUUCAGUUGGUUCUGGCUCGUGUCCCAGUUUCCCAGGCUUCGGAACUGGACUCUGUGUUAGUUAAGCAGACAGCCUGCUUGGCAGAAUUGCAAUCCAAAAUGGCAUCUCUGAAAGUGGAUGUGAAGGCCCUACAAGAGGGAAUAGCAAUGGGGGACAUUGCUACUCAUAACAAAAUGCAAGAAGACUUGGACUUUCUGAUCAAUAAAAUUGAUGAUUUGGAGAAAAGAUCAAGGAGGAGAGAAGAAGAUUUAGACUUUGUUCAUUUCUUCCAGGUAAUGUCUCUAAGUAUCAUGGUGGAAAGGAUAUCUUUGGAGAUCCAGGCUGCUUUAACAAUCAUUGGAAAUUCCACUGUGAUCAUCACUUGCAUUAAGAGGACAUCAAAAUUGAAGCCCCCUGAGCUGCUGACAGUCAAUUUAGCAGUGACUGACCUUGGGAUGGCUUUGAGCAUGUACCCAUUGGCCAUUGCUUCUGCAUGGAACCAUGCCUGGAUUGGAGGAGAUAUAUCCUGUACAUAUUAUGCACUGAUGGGUUUCUUGUUUGGUGUGAGCAGCAUGAUGACAAUUACUACUAUGGCUGUUGUACGCUUCCUGAUUGCGGCAUCUUCACAGAUUAAUAGCUGUACAUUUGACAAGAAGAAAAUCACUGCGAUAAUUAUAAUGGUUUGGCUUUACGCACUGCUUUGGGCAACUCUGCCUUUGAUGGGAUGGGGGAAGUAUGGACCAGAACCUUUUGGACUGUCUUGUACAAUAGCAUGGAAUGAAUUCAGUAGCUCUAAUAAUGGAGCAUCAUUUAUCAUAAGCAUGUUUAUUCUGUGCACCAUCAUCCCUGCACUGACAAUCAUAAUUUGUUAUUCUAAAAUAGCAUGGAAGCUUCACAAAACGUAUCAGUCCAUUGAGAACAGCAACCAAAUACCUAAUGCUAUUAAAAUGGAAAGAAAAAUAACAACGAUCGCAGUUCUUGUGAGUGCUGGCUUCAUUGGUUGCUGGACCCCAUAUGCGGCAGUCAGUUUCUGGUCAAUGUUUCAUUCAAGUAGUUCAAUUCCACCAGUGGUCACUUUACUUCCAUGUUUAUUUGCCAAGUCAUCAACAGCAUACAACCCUUUAAUUUACUACAAAUUUAACAGCACUUUCAAGAAAGAAGUCAAGCAACUAAAGUGUCACUGCAACUGGAUGGUCCAAAUGUUUAACAGAGGUAACACUUCAACCAAUCGUAUGCCUCAAGGAGGUGGUUAUGGAAACAAUGACGACACUGUACACGGCCUGAGAGUAAAUAAUCAUUCAACUUCUCAACAAACCAUACCAUUGUCUUACUGAUAAUAUUAAUCAUAUUGUCUUGCCUGAAAUGGAUAUUUCUGUCCGAGUGCAUUUUACAGGGCUGUUUGUUAUGACUUAUUUAUCAAAGACGUGUGCACAAGUUGACUGAUAUAUUAGACAUUUCUCCAUCAUGUCAAUAAGAUUUUCUCAAUCAUUUUUACCUAGUUGUUGCUCUUGUAUACUGUACAGAAAGAAAAUGAUUAUGAGCACUUCAGCUGCUGUUGUAUCAAACACAGGGCUUCCUCACUGGUUAUUAUGACAUCACUGACAUGACACAAUUAAGUCUUUCUUCUUCUACAUAAAAUAUAUCUACUGUUAAUCAGAUUGCCAUAACAUUUGUUUUCAAUAUACAGAUCACUGAAAACACUUUUUAGAUGAAGUUUAAACAGGUGUACAUGGUGCUGCAAUACAUUAGUUCACCCAUAUUAAAUAAUAAUAACCCAUACAGACAGCAUGUAAGUGUGCAUUGGGUGUAUUGGACUGAGGGGAUAUGAAAUAUAAUUCUCAGGAAAACACUGGUUUGUCUCAGAAUAAUAAAUACAGACGUAUAUCCAGAUCCUUAUUUUUGUAUAUCAUCAACAUUGAGAAAGAUAUAAUUUGCAAAGUAAGGCACUGAGCUUCAAACAUGGCAUGCUGUUGACUUAAGAGAUUAGUCUGCAUUCAUUUAUUGCUGAUGAUUUCAGAGUUUGGUGAUUCUGAAAUGACAUGGAUACUGCUUUUCUGUGCAUUUAAUGUAUCAUAUUCUGUGUAAAUUCUUACCUCAGGAGGACACAAUUUAUGAUACACAAUGUCAAUGACAAUCAUUAAAGUGACUGGUAACCAUGAUGAUUUUAUCUAACAUUUCAGAAUUUCUCAUUUAAAUUUACAAGUCCCUGCUGUGGCUGCUCCAUGUAAGCAAAAUGUACAGAAAUCAGGAUAGCAAUGCAAUAUCCUGCAACAAUACAAAAUGUACUUUUGAGGAGUACUCUUCUUCUGAAACUGGAGAAGGACAUCUGCACGUGUUGCAAAACUUCGUUGACUAAUGCAUCAUUCAUUUUUCAAGUUAUAUUGUAUAAUUUAAUGCCAUAUUAUUCAAGAUUCAUGUUUGGAAAUGUAAGUGGAACUUCAGAGAAAAUCUUUAAGAUAAGCUGGAAAAAGUGUUUCUCAAACUAUAAUAACAAAGUAAACAUAAUGUUUAUGAUGGGGUAGGAGUUCAUGCAAGUAUUUACAGGCUACAGUGAGAGUAAUGGCUAAAAAUGGGGAUGCAUUUAGUGUUGUACAUGUUUCAUGCUGUAUUUUGUGUAUGUCUGAUGUAGUGGCAAUAUUAUAAAAGGGCAUGUGUAGGUAUGGGGUUGGAGUAGGGCUAGGAUUAGCACAUUAGCAAAGUGGUGCACAGGACUUUUUAAAAUAAGUAUUGUGUGUUUUAACUUAUCGUUUUACAGCUACUUUGUAGGACAGUACUAGGUACUAUGAUAAUUGAGUACAUCCAGAUUUAUACAGCUUCUUACUGGCUAUUUAACUGAAUACAAUUUUAUAUUAAGUAAAUGUAAACUGUCUUCCCUUUAAAAACAGGAAGAGCUUGAUGAAUCUUGAUACAUGAACCAAAUUAACCAAUUCAUUCCCAGGUUAGGCUAGACUUACAAAUACACAAAUAAUCUAAUAGUUAAACACUGUCUAACUCCCCAUGGGAAUAUCUUCAAUAUCUUGACCCCACAUUUCACUUUUUUAAUUUUCAUCCUUCAAACUUCCUCUACUAUCAAACUUCCUAACUGUAUCCACUAUCCAUCUGUUUUUCCAUAUUACUUCCAUUUUUCUCUAUAAAAUCUCAUGCCUUCUCAAAUGGCACUUGCUUGUCAAGAUUUACUAAACAUUAUCCCAUCUUUUUUUAUAAACCAUUUCUUGUACCACACCCUGGAUAAUGUACAGGAACACAUUACAUUAAUAAAACAGUCAUGGUUUUUCUUGUUCAA